UUUAUUACAUGAGAGAUGGACACGAUAUUUGGUAGAAAUAAAGAAGAACAUCCAGAGCCCAUAAAAGCUGAGGUGCAAGGUCAGUUGCCCACUUGGUUGCAAGGGAUACUUCUCCGAAAUGGCCCAGGGAUACACACAAUAGGGGACACCAAGUAUAACCACUGGUUUGAUGGCUUGGCUCUGCUGCAUAGCUUUACAUUCAAAAAUGGUGAAGUUUACUACAGAAGUAAGUAUCUCCGAAGUGACACAUACAACUGCAAUAUAGAAGCAAACCGAAUCGUGGUGUCUGAGUUUGGAACUAUGGCUUAUCCAGAUCCAUGCAAAAACAUAUUUGCCAAGGCAUUCUCGUAUUUGUCUCACACCAUUCCUGAGUUCACAGACAACUGCCUGAUCAACAUUAUGAAAACUGGGGAUGAUUUUUAUGCUACCAGUGAGACUAACUUCAUCAGGAAAAUUAAUCCGCAGACUCUGGAGACGUUAGAGAAGGUUGACUACAGCAAAUACAUAGCUAUAAAUAUGGCAACUUCUCACCCGCACUAUGACAGUGCUGGAAAUACUCUCAACAUGGGUACUUCAAUAGUUGAUAAAGGGAAGACAAAAUACGUUCUAUUUAAGAUUCCUCCCUCUGUGCCAGAAAAAGAAAAGAAGAAAUCUUGUUUUAAACAUCUGGAAGUGAUGUGCUCCAUCCCUUCUCGCUCUCUGCUCCACCCAAGCUACUACCAUAGCUUUGGAAUCACAGAAAAUUACAUUGUCUUCAUAGAGCAGCCAUUCAAACUGGAUAUUGUCAAAAUGGCAACUGCUUACGUCCGCGGUGUGAACUGGGCUUCCUGCCUUGCCUAUCAUAAGGAAGAUAAGACUUGGUUUCACUUUGUAGACAAGAAGACUAAAAAAGAAGUAUCCACCAAGUUUUAUUCCGAUGCUAUGGUGUUUUUUCACCAUAUAAAUGCUUAUGAAGAGGAUGGCCACAUUAUUUUUGAUAUUAUUGCCUAUACAGACAAUAGCUUAUAUGAUAUGUUCUAUUUAAAAAACCUGAGUAAAGACUUUGAAGAGAACAAGCUUACCUCCAUACCAGCCUGCAAACGAUUUGUUGUUCCUCUGCAGUAUGACAAGGAUGCUGAAGUAGGUUCUAAUUUAGUCACACUUCCAUCUACUGCAACUGCUGUAAAAGAGAAAGAUGGCAGCAUCUAUUGCCAACCUGAAAUACUGUGUUCAGGGAUAGAACUGCCUCGCAUCAACUAUGACCAUAAUGGCAAAAAAUACAAGUACGUCUUUGCAACGGAAGUCCAGUGGAGUCCAGUUCCUACAAAGAUUGUAAAAUUUAAUACCCAGACAAAGGAAAUGCUCCACUGGGAAGAGGACCACUGCUGGCCAUCUGAGCCCAUUUUCGUUCCCAGCCCUGAUGCAAAAGAAGAGGAUGAUGGCAUUGUUCUGACCUGCAUUCUGAUGUCUGAUCCAAAGGAAGCACCCUUCCUACUUGUCUUGGAUGCCAAAACAUUCAAAGAAUUGGGCCGAGCCACAGUAGAUGUAGAAAUGCACCUGGACCUGCAUGGAAUGUUUAUACCACAGAAAGAUUUGAAGGCUGAGACUGAGUAAAAUGCUCUUUAUCCUAUUAUACAGACUGAGACAACCUUCUACUGAAUGUGGGAUAAUAUCAUUCAGGAACAACCUUAUCUUAUGACAAGAAAUGACUAAAUAUAAUAUCUUCAAUAACUAUAUAUAAUCUCUUAUAAGAGAUAGCAGUAACUUCCAUUACAAAUAAUUAUAUGCACAACUGGUACAUAACUAUUUCAAAAGAAGCAUGAUCAGUGUUAAGUGCUAAUGUUGUAUACAACUCAUGGGGCAGGGAAUAGGAGACAAAAGUAACAAGAAAUGUUUUAUUUGAGUAGAAUAUAGCUUUCUGAGCAAAUGAAGUACUGUCUUUACAGGGCGAUGCAUGGCAUGAGUCACAUAUGUCUGCAGGUCAUGUAACUUUCAUGGACUGUUUCAAGACUGCAGCUCAUGAUGAAAGUUGUCUCCUGCCAGAAAACCUCACAUUAAAUUCUCUGCUAUGAUACUAAUAAUUCAUGGCAAUGCAUUCUCUUGGUGCUUGAUUUCUUAAACUCCACCAUAACCAAAGUAUUACAUAGAGGUGCUACAAGUUUCUAAUUUAGACCCUAAAAAAACCUGCUUUGCUAAUAAUUUCAUGGUGUAUUUUCCCUUUCAUGUUGACAAAAACAAGUAACUUGAAAUAGAAUAUAU